GAACCAGACCCCACCCUGGACCCCACCCUGUCAUGCCCAUCUCCCCAACCCCACAGUUCCCUCCGUGGCAGGGGACAGGGAGGGUAUGAGGCAAGCUUGGGCCCAGCACAGGUCCUGGGGUGGGGGCCCAGGCUGGUCAAAAAAAAAUCGGCCCCCUCUGGAUUGGGACCUCACGGGGGACCUACGGGGAGCUGGGAGCUUCCUGAGCUUGAGUACAAAUGACUAGUUUCCCAGGGGUGGGCCCGUUCCCAUCAGUCCUCAAAGGAGAUCCUGGCACCCCAAGAUUUUAAGAGCCUCAGCUGUAGAUUGGAAGACUUGGGACAUCUCCCAGAGAGCGAGGGCUCGUCACAGACUGAGGGGUCAGAAACAAACUGGGGAGAGGCCUCUGCCCACAGUGGUGGGAGCAGCUGAGUUAACCUAAGCGUGACGUUCCCCAGCCGGCUAGACUUGGACAUUCACCCAUGUCUGUGGCCUGCGGAAGCUUCGCAGCGCUCCCCAGGUGGCACUGAGUAUCAGACCUGGGAAGGGACAGCUCCAUGUCACAUAAGUUCUACUCACACAGCCCUCUUAGUGCCAGUGGUGGGGCUGCAGGAGGAGGAGAGAGAUCCCCCCCUAGAGACCCUGGAUCACUGAAGGGCAAGCAGCAAAACUCACAUCAAGGUGCUGGCUGAGAAGGGGGCCUCCAGGGUGGGAGGCUGCUUCAGUGAAUCGCUACGGCGGGAAUCAGUUUCCCAGUUUCUCAAAGCAUUGGCUUCUAGCUGCUGAGGUCCUGGGGGUACCGAGGUGGGGCUUGUUUCCUAACAAAACAUUUUUUGUAAGUGCAUUCACCAAUAAGAGGACCCACCUAUUCUGGUGGAGAGAAUUGGAAAAGGUUACAAAAUCUGGCUAAAGCCUGGCUGUUCCCCAGUGAGGGUUCUGCUUUGCCAGCACCCCCAUCCCGCCCUCACCCUGACCAACAUAGCUGCUCCUGUCCCUGGAGAGGACAGCUUUGGCCAAGUUAUAAAAUAUCUCUGAGCCUCAGUCUUCCCAUCUUGGAAAUGGGGGCAGUUGUUCCAAUGCCCAGAGAUAAUGAAUGUGAAGCCCUCCCCUGUCCCAUACUGUGUAGUACCAAAGGCACUUGCUCUGUGGCCCUGGCUGUGAGAAUGGUCAUUUUUCAGUCAGACCUAGGGAACCAGACCCUGAGAAUGUGACUUGACCUAGUUUCUUCCCACCCCCUCCCAACAACUCUGAGCCUACUGUGGAGCAGAGAUAAGCUCAUAGGCAACAAAGAGCGCUUUGACAUGGAAGAGGUUCUGGGCCACUGGCUCACGGGCGGUGGGGCCUGACCAACGUCCCAGGCCCCCAAGCUGCUGACGUGGGUCCCCAAGGGGGUUGCUGGCUGUUCUCUUGCUGCCGCUCUGUUAACUCAUAACUGUUCUUCUCACGAGAGGCUACUGGCAGAGGCCAGGCAGGAGUUUCUGGAGCCAAGGCUCAUUGCUUUUAUUUUAUUUUAAUUUAUUUAUUGAGGUGAAGUGUCGCUUUCUUGCCCAGGCUGGAGGCAGUGGCGUGCUCUCACUGUAUCCUCUGCCUCCUGGGUUCAAGCAAUUCUCCCACCUCAGCCUCCAGAGUAGCUGGGAUUACAGGUGUGUGCCACCAUGCCCAGCUAAUGUUUAGAGACAUGGUUUUGCCAUGUUGGCCAGGCUGGUCUCGAACUCCUGAUCUCAAGUGAUCCACCCGCCUCGGUCUUCCAAAGUGCUGGGAUUACAGGCAUGAGCCACAGCGCCCAGCCAGGCUCAUCACUUUUAGCACCUAUUGCCUUGAAGCCAGUCCCUGAUGGGACAUUAGGCCAGGGGCCCUUCAGCCAUGGUCUGGGAUAUGGGCCACUCACUCAGCAGUAUGGCAGGCAUCAUCCGGAGAAUGGGCUGUUCUCAGGAGGUUGUUCAUGCCCCACUGGCAGUGCACUGUGCAACCACAGUGUAGACAAGAGGCUCAGCCUCAAAUGGUCUGAGAUCUUGGGGCCCCCUACCCUGUCUCCAGCAGCCUGUCCCUGUAGCUGUUUGCCCACUGGCACCCCACCCUGAGGAGGCAUGGACACCUGGCCCGCCCUGCCCUGGAAUUACAAAAGCCUCAGACUGCGGCUGAGUGUCCCGCCUCCUUGGGAGACCCUCCUAGGCAGCCUGAGUGUUGGAGUGGGGAGCUGGGUGCUCUGGCCCCACCUGCCCGCCUCUCACUGGGCCCUCUCCUUCCAGGUGCGGCUUCAGGUCCAGAGUGUGGACAAGCCUCAGUACCGCGGGACCUUGCACUGCUUCAAGUCCAUCAUUAAGCAAGAGAGCGUGCUGGGCCUGUACAAGGGCCUGGGCUCGCCGCUCAUGGGGCUCACCUUCAUCAAUGCACUGGUGUUCGGGGUGCAGGGCAACACCCUCCGGGCCCUGGGCCACGACUCACCGCUGAACCAGUUCCUGGCGGGCGCUGCGGCGGGCGCCAUUCAGUGCGUCAUCUGCUGCCCCAUGGAGCUGGCCAAGACGCGGCUGCAGCUGCAGGAGACGGGCCCAGGGCGCGCCUACAAGGGCUCGCUGGACUGCCUGGCGCAGAUCUACGGAAACGAGGGGCUGCGCGGCGUCAACCGGGGCAUGGUGUCCACGCUGCUGCGCGAGACGCCCAGCUUCGGCGUCUACUUCCUCACCUACGACGUGCUCACGCGGGCACUGGGCUGCGAGCCGGGCGACCGCCUGCUGGUGCCCAAGCUGCUGCUGGCGGGCGGCACGUCGGGCAUCGUGUCCUGGCUCUCCACCUACCCCGUGGACGUGGUCAAAUCGCGGCUGCAGGCGGACGGGCUGCGGGGUGCCCCGCGCUACCGCGGCAUCCUGGACUGCGUGCGCCAGAGCUACCGCGCCGAGGGCUGGCGCGUCUUUACGCGGGGACUGGCGUCCACGCUGCUGCGCGCCUUCCCCGUCAAUGCUGCCACUUUCGCCACCGUCACUGUGGUGCUCACCUAUGCGCGUGGUGAGGAGGCCAGGCCCGAGGGCGAGGCUGUGCCCGCUGCCCCUGCGGGACCCGCCCUGGCGCAGCCCUCCAGCCUGUAAGGCUCGCCCCCUGCUUCCUUCCCCCGAGCCCUUCUCGGAAACUUGAAACGUAAAUUGGCCCCGAGCCAACCGUCCUGCUCCUGCUGGGAUGCUGUGGGCUGUGGACUCUUUUAGACUUGGGUUGAAUGUUGCUUAUCUGCUGGGUCACUUUGGCCGAGAACUUCACUCCGCUGGCCUCAGUAUUCUCGCCUAUGAAAUAGGGACCCUCAUAUCCACAUUGUAGAGUCACCAAGGUCAGAGAUUAUUCCGCGCAGCAGCCGGCACCGGGCCUGGCUGAGGCCAUGCUGUGUCCCGCACCAUUACCCUGGAAACCCAGCAGACACUCCAGCUCCUUCCCGGGUCCCGGCCAAGCCAUUGUGCUUCUUCCCUACAAGCUGGCGCCUGGGGGGUCUCUGAUGGCCCACCAAUGGGCGGCCCAUUUGUGGGCCGACUAACUCCACACAUCCUCCACCCAGGAGGCUUGUUGGCCACUCCUCUGGUCUUUAAAGGUUAGGGAUAGAGGACACCUUAGCGUGUCUCCUGGUGCCGAAGAACUGGAUCCUCUGCGUACCCCACCUUCUCCACAUGACACCGCUAGGAGUACCCUGGCUGCUGCCACUCCAGAGGGUGAACUGGGGACCCUCCGCCCUCCAGGAAGCCAUGGUGUCUGCUGGAGGCACCAUAGCAGCCCAUAGGACUAGGGUGGGGAGCAGACAGGCCAGUGGGUGGAGGUCUUGACAGUUCAAGUGUGAUGCAGCUGUGGUCAGGAGAAAUCCUUCCACCUUUCCAGCCUCGGACUGCCCAUCCGUAAAAUGGGGACAUGGCCAGCUGAUGGACACCUGAGUCUCUGGUCCACCCACCACUGCCAGCCAGGAUCCCCUGAAGUGUGCAGAGGGCUCAGCAGGGAGCAGUAUGAGAUGUCCCUCACUAGGGCUGGAACAUCUCUGGCCACAGCCAAAGGUCAGUUUCUCUGCCCCCAGCACAUGGUGUCUCCGGGGCAUUCUCAGUGCCAGGGCUCUGUCCCUGUGAACAUGCAGGCCCUGCUAGUGGGGUGGCUAGUUGGGGUCUGGGGCAGAAGAGGGCCGUUCCGGGCAUCCUGGGGAAUGUGCUCAAUGAGGACAACACUGGGCUUUGCACAGCCUGGCAUCACUCUACAGAAACCGUCAAGGGAAUAAAGUGUUCUUUGUUUUGUAAGUGG